AUGUCCUCCCCUCCCUCCCCAGAAUCGUCCGUCGCCGCCAACCUCCCCAUCGAGGACGAGGAAGAUGCGACGGAUAUCCCGCUCACGAUGGCGGCGUCGGUCGUGCUGACCAGCUUACCCCGCGACGCGGCGCACGCGUUAGAAGGGGCGGGAGAGUUGGGGGUUGCGAAAGUCCAAGUGCGCCUCCUCCCCGUCGGCGCCGCGCCCGCCCUCAAGCAGCAGAAGUUCAUGAUCAGGUCCUCGCAGCGCUUCGAGGUGGUGGUGUCGUCGCUGCGGAAUAAGCUGAGGCUGGGGGCCCACGAGAGCUUGAAUUGCUAUGUGAAUAGCGUGUUUGCGCCGGCGCCGGAUGAGGGCGUGGGGAAUUUGUGGCGGUGUUUCAAGACGAAUGAGGAGCUGGUGGUGGCGUAUUCGAUUACGCCUGCGUUUGGGUGA